CCCCUUGGCCCACCGCUCCGCCUGGACUCGUCUCGCCCGCGGCCGAUCGCCGCGCGCGCCGCAACCCGGAGGCCGGAGGAGACUGCGCUCAGUCGAGCACUACCUGGGGCCCAGCAUCCUCGCGACCAUCUCCGGCACGGCGUCCGCCCUCUGCAGCCUCCGGUGUCCCUGCGACCGUCGCUGCUGUCCUACUUCGCCACCGGCCACUUUGCCCGGCGACGAGCACCACCACAACACUAGGCCUCCAGCAAAGGUCCCAAUCUCGAGAACGGAGGAUGGAGAACUGUAACAACGGACCGGCGGCUGCCGACAAUUUCAAGGUACGAACCCACCCGCUCACACGUUGUAUAGAUCAAGGUGUUGGUGGUUUAUUGUGCCGUUGGCAGGUGGUGGUGCCGGAGCAUCCACUGAUCAGCCACUGGGUCUCAGUGCUCCGCGAUCGCUUCACCCCUUCCCAUGCCUUCAGGAGUGCGAUGGGAGAGUUAGGGAGAUUGCUAAUCUAUGAGGCAACUCGGGAUUGGCUGCCGACAGUAACACGGGAGAUCCAGACACCAGUGGGAACUGCGGUUGUUGAAUCUGUCAGUGAGAUGGAGCCAAUCAUGAUUGUACCUAUUCUUAGAGCAGGGCUUGCUCUUGCAGAUCUUGCAACAUCAAUUUUGCCAUCAACUAAAACUUUCCAUUUAGGUAUGUCCAGGGAUGAGACAACGCUGCUGCCCUCUGUUUACUUAAAUAAGCUACCUGAUAGAUUCCCAAAAGGAUGUAAUAUACUCCUUGUGGAUCCUAUGCUAGCAACUGGUGGAACAGUCACUGCAGCAGUUGAUCUGGUUAAGGAGCGUGGAGCUGAAAUCAGUCAGAUAAGAAUCAUAUCAGCUGUUGCUGCUCCUCCUGCAAUCAAGAAGCUCAAUCAAAGAUUCCCAGGGAUUUGUGUGUAUACAGGAACUAUGGAUCAAAUUGUGAAUGAGAAAGGUUUCAUAGUUCCAGGCCUUGGGGAUGCUGGAGACCGCAGCUAUGGAACAUGACUCUGCUGGCGGUCUGGCCCUUUGCCGAUGACCAUUGUUAGGAAUUUCAGCAAAACCCAGAUUUAUUUAGUUGAUGCCUGCUUAUUUUCGUAGACCAGAUUUGUGUAAUAAUGUAUAUAUAUAAUAAUGUAAUAUGUACUCAUAGUUUCAACCUCUACCGCCGUUGCCUCCCUGUCGUGAGGACCCAUCCCUCUCUGUUGGAGGGGCCGCAACCCACUGCUCUGGCUGCUGCU